CCGGAAGUGAAGCUGUCCACCCAUAGACAUCAUAUACGCAUAUAUGUGUCCACCGGUUCCAGCCGUGUCCUGCGUUUUAUCCAGAUAAGUUGAGCGAGCCUCCGUGAAGAAAAGCGCCCUGUUCAUUCAGACAUUUCCACUGCUCAGAUUUAUCAAAGCUUGUGAAGAGAACCCGCUCCUGUCGCCAGGGAGAUGGAGCUGACCCCCCUGACAGCUGCGCUGCUGUCCGUGUUGGUGGGGAUCACCUGCGGCUGGAAUCAAGACAGUGUGCUACUGAGAGACAUCCAGGCUCUGACUUUCUACAAGAACCGUUUUACCACAGCGAGGCGCUCCAACCCAGUUCCUCAGCUGAAGUGUGUCGGUGGCUCGGCAGGUUGCCAUGUCUUCAUCCCAGAGGUGGUCCAGUGUGUCAACAGAGGCUGGGAUGGUGUGGAUGUUCAGUGGGAGUGUAAGACGGAUAUGGACAAUGCCUUCAGGUUUGGUGUCGUUGAGGUGAGCUGUGAGGGUUACAACCACCCCUCUGAUGACUACAUCCUGAAGGGCUCCUGUGGAGUGGAGUACACCCUGGAGCUGACUCAGGAGGGCCAGAGGAGGACGCAAGGCAGCUCUGGCUCCCAUGGUGGAUUUAAAGAGAGGGGGGGACUUGGGGGUCUUGCCUCUAGUUUCUUCAGCAGCUUUUUUGGAAGCAAGCAGCACUCCCAGCAGCACCACCACCCCCAGCAGCACCACCCCCAGGACAGCGAGUCUUCAGGAGGACUGUUGGUGGUUGCUGUGCUUCUUGCCUUAGCGUAUGGUGUCUACAAGCUGUUGCUCAGCGGGGACACGGCCCAGUGGGGGCAAGGUGCGGGACAGGCGGGCUACCAUCAGGAUCAUGAUCCAAACAACAUGGGAGGACCACCUCCACCUGGAUUCAAACCUGACUAUACAGGCUAUCCAGGGGCCAAUCCAGGGGCCAAUCCAGGGGCCAAUCCAGGCUAUGGUUUCCGCCCUGAUUUUGCUCAUGGACAACGUUACCAAAGAGGUCACAGGGGUGCCGGCACAGGCGGAGGCUUUUGGACUGGGAUGGGAACAGGUGGAAUGCUGGGAUAUCUUUUUGGUCGUCAGAGGACGCAGCCCAGCAGCCCGUCUCCAGCAAGAGAGAACUACUCUUCUGGGACACGCACCGCUUCAGGUUUUGGUGGAACCAAAAGAAGAUAGGAGCUGGAGCAGUGGGAACGUUCUCCUCAGCAGAUGGUGGGAACAGCUGAGCUUUUGCUUGCCGACCAGAAACAGGACAAGUUUCAUGAAGAUGUUGGCUUGUAAAGUGAUUUUGUGACUUUUGAACUGUGAUGCUUUUAGAGAGUGCACUGUAAUCUUUUUUCGUGAGGUUUAACCCUCCAAGUGGUGUUUGGAAGAACUGAACAGGCUGGGCUUUCCUUUAGGAGAAUAAUGGUUUGUUCAUUCGGCUGAGGCUUUGUUUCAGGUAUAGUCUAGAUUUGAUAUUUCAAGGUUUACUGAUUGGGAUCCCCUUUUAUUUAAUCGAAUAAAGUUUGAUAAGGAGGCAGCAAGGAAAUUAUAUUUUGAACUGCAGCUGAACUGAUGAAGACAUGAAAAAUUCAUUUAAAAACUGUACUUUCGCAUAGAAAAUGGGCAAAAUGUAUAUAAUCAUAUACAUUUGCCUUAUACCCUGAUAUUUUUUUUUAUAUAUAUGCUACAUUUGUACGCAUGUGAAAAGCAAUGUGAUGCAGUGACUCUUGGUAAGGUUUGUAACCUAGACAACCUGCAGGUAACAAACCAAACCUAAUUUUAUCUGAAAUAAAAAUAUUUUAGCUUUUUUUGUUGCUUUCUGUUUAGCAUUUGUACUCUUCACAUGACACUUAUUUCUAUUUUUGUAUGCAUAAUGUUUUGCUUUACUGUAUUAAAUACCGAUGAACAUC